CUCAGUAUGACAUAUUUUACUAUCUGUCUUAGACAAGUUAACUGUCAUUACAACCGAUUACAGGGUCAUUUAGAAUAAUGCAGACAUUAGUUCUGUCGUUGGUGCUUGUAGCUUUUCCAUGUGCUAUCAACAGUGCGUCUACUGGUUUACUAAGAUGUUACCAGUGUGCUAAUGUUAACAACGCAAGUGAGUGCAAUACACUUACCACGUGCCAACAAGAUGAGUUAUGUGGUAUAGAGAUGUCCAUAAGUACUUCCGGUAGUCCAUACACAUAUACAAUGGGAUGUUACAGAAAACAUCCAUGCAUAGAAGUAACACGAUUUCGUAUGGAGAAUGAACAAUUAUUUCAACAAGGUCACGUCGUAGGUAAACGAAACAGUCUGGCAGCCUGUUCCGUGUGUUGUGGGAGUUCCUUGUGUAACACAGGCAACUGUUAUGCCUUGACAAAUAAACUCAGGGAAUUGUGGAAAGCCGGGCUACUGGAUAUAACUACUCUGGCAAUCAAGACUACGGCCUUGCAGUAAAUUGAAUGAAAACUAAAACAAAAUUAUUCUGAUUAGA